UGCUGAUUUUUCAUUUUUUUUUAAAUUGUCUAUUUAUAGCCCGGUUUUUCCUACAAAUAAAUGAGCAUUUAAAAUCGUAAGUGAAUUUUUGAACUGCUAAAUAAAUAAUGUGUAACGACUAUUAUAAAGUUAUAUACCAUUAAGUAUACGCUAAUAGUAACUUAACUUAAAGUCAUGAUUGAAGAAUUUUGACGAGUUGAUAAUAGAUGAAUUAUAAUUUUACCAGUUCAAUGGUGUUAAAGAAAAUAUGCAAGUAUAAAACAUAACAUAAAUGCAUAUAAAUUCAAAUAAAAAUCAAAUGAAAUCAUCAGAGAGAAGCCCUGUUCAUAGAAAAAAAUUAGUUAUAGUUGGAGAUGGCGCAUGUGGAAAAACAAGUUUGUUAUAUGUAUUCACAAAAGAUAUAAUGCCAGCUGGUUAUGUUCCUACAAUUUUUGAUAACUAUGUGGCUGAUAUGGAGGUUGAUAAUAAACAAGUAGAAUUAGCACUUUUUGACACAGCUGGGCAGGAGGAGUAUGACCAGUUAAGAAUACUUAUGUACCCAAAUACUGAUGUUGUUAUCAUUUGUUACAGUAUUGACAAUCCAGAUAGCCUCAUAAAUGUCUUACAAAAAUGGACUCCAGAAGUUAAGCAUUAUUGCCCUGGUGUACCAAUAAUACUUUGUGGAAACAAAAAAGACUUGAGAAAUAACGACGAUUUAAAGCGUGACCUCGAAGAUAUCAACAAAAAACCUCUUACUUUAGAAGAAGGACUGUUAGCAUCAGAAAAAAUUGAUGCCAAAGGUUUUAUUGAAUGUUCAGCAUUAACAAAAGCUGGAGUUAUGUCUUUAUUUGAGACUGCUGCUCGUCAUUCAAUGAAGAAAAAAAUAACAAAGUAUAAGCAAAUAAAGCAAAUAUGUAGUAUAAUAUAGUAAAAAAAAAAAGGUAAAAAAAGCAGGUAACUUUAAAAAUCAUUUUAUUGAAAAUUGAAAGAAAAUUUUUUUUUAAUGCUUUGCAAUAAAUGUUAUACUUGUAUAUAUUUUAUGCUGGAUGUUAUACUUGUAUAAUUUGUAAUAAAUGUUAUACUUCUGUACUUUGUAAUAAAUGUCAUACUCUAUUUUAUGAUAUAUGUUAUACUUGUAUAUUUAAUGUGUUACAACUGUAUAUUCUGUGAUAAACACUUGUAUAUUUUGACAUUUUAGUAUUUCUAAUAUCGUAAUCUUUUAUA